GUUUCUGAAGCCGCGGAUGCGCAUGAGCGCGGCUGAAGCGCGCCAGCGAGUGGCGUUGUGACUGAGGAUGCUGCGGCCCUUUCGGCUUUGGCGCCUGUGGCAGCCCUCUCGGGCGGUCAGGGACUCUACAGAGACCCUUGGCCGCAAGGAGGUCGCCUCCGGGGUCUCUACCCCGAGGGGCCCGUCCCCCAGGGCUCUGAAUAUCUUCGACCGGGAUUUGAAGAGGAAACAGAAGAACUGGGCGGCCCGGCAGUCGGAGCCAAAGAAGUAUGACUACCUGAGAGAAGAGGUUGGAAGUCGGGUUGCAGACCGUGUAUAUGACAUAGCCAGAGAUUUCCCCCUUGCUUUGGACGUCGGUUGUGGAAGAGGCUAUAUAGCACAACAUUUGAAUAAGGAAACUGUGAGAAAGUUUUUCCAAGCAGACAUUGCAGAAAAUGCUUUGAAAAACACCUUAGAAACGGAAAUUCCUACUGUCAGUGUUUUAGCUGAUGAAGAGUUCCUUCCCUUCAAAGAAAAUACAUUUGACCUGGUAGUUAGCAGUUUAAGCUUGCACUGGGUGAAUGACCUUCCUGGAGCACUUGAACAGAUUCAUUAUGUUUUAAAACCAGAUGGAGUGUUUAUUGGUGCAAUGUUUGGAGGUGACACACUGUAUGAACUUCGGUGUUCAUUACAGUUAGCAGAAAUGGAAAGAGAAGGAGGGUUUUCUCCACAUGUUUCUCCUUUCACUGCUGUCAAUGACCUGGGACAUCUGCUUGGCAGAGCUGGCUUUAAUACACUGACUGUGGAUACUGAUGAAAUUCAAGUUAACUAUCCUGGCAUGUUUGAAUUGAUGGAAGAUUUACAAGGUAUGGGAGAAAGUAACUGUUCUUGGAAUAGAAAAGCCCUUCUGCAUCGAGACACAAUACUGGCAGCUGCAGCAAUUUAUAGAGUACCCUCAGACUUCCUGUGCCCUCACAACAUUCAGACCUCUGAUCUUCCUCUCAAAACACAGAUCCUGUAGCUCCAUAUCCUUUUUCCAAACAGCCCUAUUGUUCCUUACUGUCAGCUUCUGAGUGUUGAGGAGUUUCAUGCAAGGCAUUCUCAGAAUCCUACAAGUAACUUGUACUAUUCUCUCUUUGAUGGACAUUACUUUUUAUUGAGCAGAUAGGUUUUUUUUUCCUACUUUAUGUUUUCUCUGAUUUUGACCAUUAUUUAU